AUGGGUGACAGAGGAGCCCAAGGGCCCUCCAGUGAGACCUAUCUAUAUCUUUACUCCUCAGCCUCCCCGGUGAUUGAAAAUGGCCAGCUGGAAUGUCCUCAGGGGUAUAAGAGACUGAAUCUCACUCACUGCCAAGAUAUCAACGAGUGCCUGACCCUGGAUCUGUGCAAGGACUCGGAGUGCGUGAACACCAGGGGCAGCUACCUGUGCACCUGCGGGCCUGGCCUCAUGCUGGACCCAUCCAGGAGCCGCUGUGUGUCCGACAAGGCCGUCUCCAUGCGGCAGGGGCCGUGCUACCGGUCUCUGGGGCCUGGCACCUGCGCCCUGCCUUUGGCCCAGAGCAUCACCAAGCAAAUCUGCUGCUGCAGCCGAGUGGGCAAAGCUUGGGGCAGCAAGUGUGAGAGAUGCCCCCUGCCUGGCACAGAGGCCUUCAGGGAGAUCUGCCCUGCUGGCCACGGCUACACCUACUCAAGCUCACAUAUCCGCCUGGCCAUGAGGAAGGCCGAGGAGGAGGAACUGGCCAGGCCCUCCAGGGAGCAAGCGCAGAAGAGCUACGGGACCCCGCCGGGGCCAGCGGAGAGGCAGCCGCUCCGGGCCGUCACUGACACCUGGCUAGAGCCCGAGACCGUCCCUGACAAGGGAGACUCUCAGGCUGGCCAGGUCACAACCAGUGCUACCCAAGUUCCUGCCUGGGUCCCAGGAGAUGCCAUGGAAAGACCAACGCCACCACCUCCUGGACAGGGGAUUCCGGACAGCCAGGAAGAGGAGCACGUGACUACCCCAGCCGAGGGGCUGGCGGCCCUGGGCCCCUCAGACAUUGACAGAUGUGCCGCCGGAAGCACCAACAUCUGUGGGCCUGGAACGUGCGUGAACCUCCCAGAUGGGUACAAAUGCAUCUGCAGCCCCGGCUACCAGCUGCACCCCAGCCAGGCCUACUGCACGGACGACAACGAGUGUCUGAGGGACCCCUGCGCGGGAAGAGGGCGCUGCGUCAACCAAGUGGGUUCCUACUCCUGCUUCUGCUACCCUGGCUACAUGCUGGCCACCUCGGGGACCACACAGGAAUGCCAAGACAUAGACGAGUGUGAGCAGCCAGGGGUGUGCCGCGGGGGACGAUGCACCAACACGGAGGGCUCGUACCACUGCCAGUGUGACCAGGGCUACAUCAUGGUCAGGAAGGGACACUGUCAAGGUGAGAAAUGA